CUAUCGUGGCGCCUGGCUGCUAUACGAAAGCUGCAUGUCUCCAUCCUGAGAAUUUGGGUGGCUUUUUGUUGGGUUUCGUCUUGCUAUAUAUUCUCGCAGCCAUCAUGUCCGGCCGUUAUUCGCUACGGGCUACUCCAAGAAAGAAAGAGCUCUUCACUGGCAUGACCGAAACCGAGACAGAUCGCGCUUCCGAAGAGCCAAAGGCCGGACCUCGACGAAGAGCUACCGGUAAAUUCCACGAGGAGUUGGACACUGAAGAGGAGACAAUGCAGCCCGUCACCAACGGUCGCGUCGCAAAUGGCCAUGCGAAUGGUCAUACCAAUGGUCAUGUGAAUGGCCAUGCUAAUGGUCAUGCGAAUGGUCAUGCGAAUGGUCAUGUGAAUGGCCAUGUGAAUGGCCAUGCGAACGGCCAGACCGUGAGCCCCAAGAAGCCGGGAACCAAGCGCGUCUACAGGAAGGGCGAGAUCGUGGACGGUUGGGAGGUUGGCACAGAUCCCAAGAUCGACGGGUCGGGCCAUUUCGAAUUCGGCGGCUCCCUGGGCACCCUCUCGCUCAUGAUCUUCUUCCCCCUGCUCAUGUGGUACAUGUGGAUCGGCGCCACCUACUAUGAUGGCAAGCUCCCGUUACCCGAGCCCGGCCAGUCCUGGGGCGAUUUCGCAUACCAUCUCUACGACCUCGUCUACACCGGCGCCUUCCCCCACCGCCGCGCCUGGGCCAUCUACUGGACCUUUUUCAUUUUCGAGGCCGCCUGCUAUUGUCUUCUCCCCGGCGUGUGGGCAUACGGCAAGCCCCUCCCCCACGAGGGUGGCAAGCAGCUCAAGUACUAUUGCAGUGCCUACGGCAGUCUCUACUUCUCCAUGCUGGUCGUGGCGGUCCUGCAUUUCACUGGCAUCUUCCCUAUCUAUACCGCCCUCGACGAGUUCGGCCCCAUCAUGUCCGUCGCCAUCAUCAGCGGCUUUAUUGUCUCCUUUCUCGCCUAUUUUUCCGCCCUGUGGCGUGGCGCCCAACAUCGCAUGACCGGCCAUCCCAUUUAUGACUUCUUCAUGGGCGCCGAACUGAAUCCCCGCAUGUUCGGCAUCCUCGACUUCAAGAUGUUCUUCGAGGUCCGCAUCCCCUGGUACAUCCUCUUCUUCCUGAGCUGCGGUGCCGCCGCCCGGCAGUACGAGCGCUACGGCUACGUUUCCGGCGAGGUCCUCUUCCUGGUCAUGGCCCACUACCUCUACGCCAACGCCUGCUCCAAGGGCGAGGAGCUGAUCCCGCCGACCUGGGACAUGUACUAUGAGAAGUGGGGCUUCAUGCUCAUCUUCUGGAAUCUCGCCGGCGUGCCCCUGUCGUACUGCCACUGCACCAUCUACCUGGCCAACCACCACCCCGACGAGUACCGCUGGAACCCCAUCGCCCUCGGUGCGCUCUUCGUCUCCUACCUGUUCGUCUACUGGAUCUGGGACAGCUGCAAUUCCCAGAAGAACCGCUUCCGCUCCGCCGAGCAGGGUCGCCUUUUCUUCCGCAAGACCUUCCCGCAGGUGCCCUGGCAGACCGUCAAGAACCCCAAGACCCUCACCACUCCGCAGGGCGACACCAUCCUUGUCGACGGCUGGUACGGUCUUGCCCGCAAGGUCCAUUACACCUGCGACGCAUUCUUCGCUAUCUCCUGGGGACUCAUCACCGGCUUCAACAGCCCCUUCCCCUGGUUCUAUCCCCUCUUCUUCUGCAUCAUGAUCGCCCAUCGGGCCACUCGUGACAUUGAGAAGUGCCGGCAGAAGUAUGGCGAGACUUGGAGGGAGUACGAGCGCCAGGUUCCCUACCUCUUCAUCCCGUAUGUCAUCUAAGCCGACAUUAUUGGGUCCCCGUUGUCGAAGCAUAACCUUGGGCUGCG